CUCGGUUAGCGGAUUGAAUCGCAGCUGGAUCCAGAAAGUCCCCAGAGUCCGAGGACAGAGCAGAGGUGGACCGACACCGUGAAACGCCGGAUGUGGAUUUAACAGCGGAAAUGGAUCCGACAAUAGAAGAUUUACCUCUGGCCAUCCAAAAAGUGAUUGUUGGUGAGCAGAAGGGGAGCUUCGGUCUGGACCAGGAGGGUCCAGGCAUUAAAGAUGAACUGGAGGGUCCAGGUGUUAAAGAGGAAUGGAAAGACUGUGGGAUUAAAAGAGACCAAGAGGACCACAAUAACCCAGGUGUUAAAGAGGAACAGGAGGAAGCUGAUAUCACUAAGUUCACAUUUAGACCUGUCCCUCUUAAGAGUGAAGGGGAUGAAGAAAAACCUCUGUCCUUACUGUUUAAUUACAGCCAGACUGAGGCGAACACAGACUCUGUGGGAGGAGAGGACUGUGAAGACCCAGAUUUAGGAGCUGUUAAAAAAGUAUGUAAUAAUAUUGAGAAGCCAUUUGGUUGCUCCACAUGUGGAAAAAAAUUUAAAUACAGUGCAAGUCUGAUACAGCACCUUAGGAUUCACACAGGAGAGUACCCACUCAGUUGCUCUGAAUGUGGCAGAGGCUUUAAUGACAAGAUGUCUCUGACUAACCACCUGAGGACUCACACCGGAGAGAAACCCUUCAGCUGCUCUGAAUGCAGAAAGGCCUUUAGUCGAAAGAAGAACCUGAAGGUCCACAUGUUAAUCCACACUGGAGAGAAAAGAUUCAGCUGCAGCUUCUGUCUCAAACAGUUCACACGGAAACACAAUAUGAAGGAACAUCGGUGUGUCUGUCCCCCAGUGGACUGCAGACCUGCCAGUAACUCAGAUUCAAACACAGUGGAAAAAUGUAAGAAUUAUGAGAAACCAUUCAGUUGUUCUGAGUGUAGUAAAAAAUUUACAUACAAUGCCAGUCUAAAGCAGCACCUGAGGAUUCAUACAGGUGAAUAUCCAUUCAGUUGUUCUGAGUGUGGCCGAGGAUUUCAUGACCAGGCUACGCUGACAAUCCACCUGAGGACUCACACAGGAGAGAAACCUUUCAGCUGCUCAGAGUGUGGUAGAAGAUUUGGCUGCCAUCGACAUCUGAAACAACACUUGAGGACUCACACGGGAGAAAAACCCUUCAGCUGCACUGAGUGCAUUAAAACGUUCAGCCGCCAUGCAGAUCUGAAGAAUCACAUAGCAGUCCACACUGGAGAGAAACGGUUUAGCUGCAGCUUCUGCCACAAAAACUUUACUUGGCAACAUCACGUGAAAAGACACGAGCGUGUCUGUGCUUCAGCAAUCUGUGGAGGAUCCAAACCAUCCCGGGACUCAGAUUCAGGUUUAGGAGCUGUUGAAAUGUCAUGUUUCAAUGAUAAGACGUUCAACUGCUCUGAGUGUGGGAUAAGAUACAUUCACAUUGGAAAUCUCAUCAGACACCUGAGGACUCACACAGGAAAGUGUCCGUUCAGCUGCUCUGAGUGUGGUCGACGCUUUAAGGACAAGACGAUGCUGACAAACCACCUGAGGACGCACACUGGAGAGAAACCCUACUGCUGCUCUGAGUGUGGGAGAGGUUUUGGUCAAAGUGGUAAUCUUAAAAAACAUCUGAGGAUUCACACAGGAGAGAAACCAUUCAGCUGCUCAGACUGUGGUAAGAAAUUUACACACAGCGUGAGCCUGAAACUUCAUCUGAUGGCACAUACAGGAGAGAAACCGUUCAGCUGCUCUGAGUGUGGUAAAGCGUUUGGUCGUAACUCAGACCUGAAGGUUCACAUGAGAACACACACCGGAGAGAAAAGAUUCAGCUGCAGUUUCUGUCACAAAAGAUUUGCUCGUAAACAUGGUGUGCAAGCUCACCAGCGCAUCUGCCCCUUAUUGAACUCUGAAGGGUCCAAAGCAGGCAGAAAUGUAGAAGAUGCAGGUACUGAAGAUGAGCCUGAAGACUCACCUGAAGUUAAGGUUGAAGUCAGUGAUGAUGAGGAUAUGAUGGUGACUCCAGAGAGCCUUAGAUUUAAAGAUUGUUAAAGUUGGUUUGAGUGCACUAUAACAUUCAGUCAAGGACAUGACAGUCUGCAUGAGAAUCAACAGCAG